AUGGGCGCUAAGUACGAACAAGAGUUUAUAGAAGAUGUCGACAAAGAGGGGAAUUUACAAGCAGAAGAAGCAAAAGCUUCUUCGACAAGUUCUCCUCUAGCUCAGGAACACAUCUUGAAAGAAUACGAAUGUUAUGACAAAUUGGGAUACAGUUUCCCCAAAUGGAAGAAGUGGCGGAUUAUUACCGUUAUCUUCAUUGUACAGUUGAGUAUGAAUUUUAAUGCGGGCGUUUACCCAUGGUGCAUCCCAUUGAUAACGAAGGAAUUCAAGAUUUCGUCGCAGGCUGGUAAUACUUCUCAGAUGAUUUUCCUUGUUGCAUAUGGGUUUGGAUGUGAACUAUGGGCACCUUGGUCAGAAGAAUACGGCAGAUGGAUUGUUAUGCAGCUGAGUCUUUUAUUUUCCAAUAUUUGGCAGAUCCUGGGCGGUAAGGCACCAAAUUUUGGCGCAAUCAUUGUUGCUAGGGGUCUCUGCGGGCUAUCACAGGCGGGCGGAUCAGUUACUCUUGGUGUAGUAGCCGAUCUUUGGGAUCCUUCCGAACACGGUUACGCAGUUGCGUACAUUGUUUUGGCCAGUGUCGGCGGUUCGGUUUUAGGCCCCGUAUUUGGUGGUCUGAUGCAAGAGCAUCUUUCAUGGCACUGGAAUUUUUGGAUUCAAUUGAUCUUUAAUGGGGUCUCCCAAAUCCUACAUUUCUUUUUAGUUCCUGAGACAAGAGCUACGAUUCUGGUGAACAGAGAAGCUAAGCGCCGUAGAAAUACAGGUGAGGAUCCAUACUGUUACGGACCAAGCGAAAAUCACCGGAUCGGCCUUCGAGAGCUGCUAGUAACAUGGGCUCGUCCAUUUUACAUGUUUUUAUGCGAACCUAUUGUCUUGUUCUGCUCUCUAUUGUCUGGGUUUGCCGAUCAUUUGAUUUUCAUCUGCAACCAAGCGUUCACCCCCAUCUUUAAACAAUGGGGCUUCUCCCCAACAAGCCAGGGUCUAAUCUUCCUCUCCAUGGUGAUUGCAUACUUAAUAGGAUGGUUAUUACAUUGCUUUGACAUUUCCUUCCAAAUGAAGAAAAUAGAUCAAAUUCUGAGGAGUCCGAGAGGUCCGGAAAGAAGAUUACUGCUUUUACUUUUCCUCGCACCACUUUUGUCAAUCGGUCUUUUCGGAUUUGCAUGGACUUCUAUGGGCCCGGAAUACACUCCAUGGAUCGCACCUGCAAUCUUCAGCUCGGUGAUCGGUAUUGCGAACUACAGCAUAUACAUCGCAACUAUUGAUUACAUGGUAGCAGCUUAUGGGCCAUACGCCUCUUCAGCCACUGGUGGCAAUGGUAUGGCUCGUGAUGUGCUUAGCGGUAUUGCCGCCAUGUACGCAACCCCGCUUUACGACAACAUCGGACACAAAUUUCAUUAUCAAUGGGCAAGCACAUUGUUGGGUUGCCUAGGGAUUCUCUGUACAGUUCCAAUUUACAUUUUCUAUUGGAAGGGCCCUGAGAUCAGAAAAAAGAGUAAAUUUGCACAAGAAUUAUCGGCAGAUUUUGACGAACAGAAGAAGAACAGAACCAGCGAUAUUCCCCAUCUUGAUGAUAAGGAAUUAGGUCUUGAUAGUUCUUCAACUCCAGAAACCAUCAGCAACGCAGUCUAUUCAUAA